AUGUCAAUCCCUGUGGCCCUUGCUGGUGAUGUGGAAGGAAUACUAUCUUCUUCUGACAUAGCUACUCUGGAUACCCAUUCUCUUCAUGAAGAAGAACUUCCAAGCAUUUCAGGCAAUGAACUUGGGCUUAGAUAUGGUGAUUUUGUGCUACACAAUGGGGAAUCCUAUGUUGGGACGUUGCUGGGCAAUGCGCCUCAUGGAACAGGGAAGUACAUUUGGUCAGAUGGGUGCAUUUACGAGGGUGAAUGGAGAAUGGGGAUGAGGCAUGGGAAUGGUAAGAUAUCAUGGCCUUCUGGGGCUCUUUAUGAGGGGGAGUUUUCCGGUGGCUACAUGCAUGGAACAGGCACAUAUAAUGGAAACGAUGGAACUUACAAGGGGCGCUGGAAACUUAGUCUCAAGCAUGGGCUUGGUUGUCAGACUCAUCCCAAUGGAGAUGUCUUUGAAGGUUCCUGGAUUCAAGGAGCAGUAGAGGGGCCCGGUAAGUAUACCUGGGUCAAUGGAAAUGUGUAUAUUGGUCACAUGAAGGGAGGUAAAAUGUCUGGGAAAGGGACUCUUACCUGGAACAAUGGGGACUCUUACGAAGGUAGCUGGUCAGAUGGCAUGGCGCAUGGAUUUGGAGUCUAUACAUGGACCGAAGGGGACUGUUACAUUGGUACAUGGACCAGGGGCCUGAAGGAUGGAAAGGGUGUUUUCUAUCCAAAAGGAAGCAAACCUCCGGUAGCUGAGGAAUUCUAUCUUAAUGCUCUCAGGAAAAGAGGGCUUAUACCUGAUUUAAAAAGGCAGAAUCAUGGUUCACGUAUUCUUCAUUUUUCUUCUAUGGAUGCGGGAAAUAUGAAGGUUAAUGAUACUCGUCGAUCGGGAACUAGCUCAUCUCGCAAUGCCCCCAACAGAAACCCGUUAAAAUUUAAUCAGCAAUCUAGUAGUAAUGCAUUCUUGGAAAGACGCUGGAGUUUGGAGGUGACUAUUGAAAAAGUUCUUGGACGUGCUAUGUCAUUUUCUGGUGAAACCACCUUACAAAGUGAUGAGAAGGCGGUGGAAUUAAAAUUUCCAAUCCUGGAAAGAGAAUAUGUCCAAGGCGUUUUAAUCAGUGAACUGGUGUUAAAUGAUUGCUUUUUCUCAACAUCGAAAAGAAUCAAAAGGCGCCAUAAGAAACUAGUAAAGGAUAAAAAGCAAGGGGAGGCGAUAAUUAAAGGCCAUAGGAGUUACGAUUUAAUGCUCAGUCUACAACUCGGGAUCAGGCAAUCUUCAUUUACCAUGUCGAUUUUCAUUCUUGUCUUACAUUAUCUUUAAAAGUUUCACUUUCUCGGACGCAUUUAUUAUUCUUGCCUUUUGGAGACGUAGACUGACAUUGAUUUAUGCCUCAAUAUAGUUCUCAUGUACUAUUGAUUGUACAGUAACGUCGUACUUUCAUUAUGAAUAAACUCAACAACCUCGUCACAGUCUAUCACCUCCUGUAGAAAACGCUUAUCCUAAGGACAUUGUCAUCGUGUCAAGGUAGGAACUCUUUUUCUAAUUGAUAUAAGUUAGUCAUGUGCAAAUAUUUUCUCAUACAUUCUUAUAUGGUCAGAAUUCUUAUCUAAUUGUGGUUUCGGUUGUGACUUCUAACAGAAGUUAAUCUCCCUGAGUUUAUCACAAUCGUAAUCAUGAAGGAUCUUUUGAAUCACAUUUGUUGGUAGGUGAUCUGAUCACACUGUUACUAACUUCCACCUUAUUCAAAACCUUCAUCUCUAUACGUCCUUACCCAUCUUGAAAUAAAAAAAUUAUUCUUACCAUAGUUUGCUGGUUUGAGGAAACUUGAGUCGACUCGCUCGAAAUAUCCUGAUUUUUGGUUAACUUUCAAUCCAUAAAAGAAACAUCUGAUCAUCUGAGUUCUGAUUUCUUAGUAUGGACAGUAUUCAGGUUACCUAACUGUAUCAUUAUAUACAGUAAAUGUUUCAUUUAGACCUCUCCUAUAUGACGUGCCUCAUUUUUAACCUUGAGGCUUGUGUGGCCACAACAUUUGCAUCCAGAGGUGUGCAUCGCGUCCAACCUAGUCAUUAUAUGUUGGUUCAAUGCUUUCUUCUAGCAUUGAGUGGCUGAACAUGUUAUAGUAAUUGUUGCAUUUUGGAUUGGCAAAAUGCUCGAUCAAUGGAUGCUUUUUUAUAAAAUCAAUCUAUGAUCAAAAGAAAGGUACAAGCUGACACGGAAAGUUCUCUCAUGCACAAAGGCAGCAAUCUGAAUGCUGUAGAUGCGCCAAAAAAAGGGGUUUUGAUGAAGGAUGCGAAUUGCUAAAUUAAUGAUAAUAAUCAGACCAACUUUCUCUGGUGCGAAAGACAUAUGGGACAUUCUUUUUGCCUACUAGGGGGAAGGGGGGUGUUGGAAGACGGACCAAUGGAUACGGAGUCAACGGAAAAAAAAUACUGAUUUUCCUCUGAAAUGGCAUGACCGGUCAGGGGUCACUUAUGUCAUAGCCGGUUGACUUUCUCUGCUGGGAAGACCAUGAGAAAUCCUUUUUUCUGGGUCUUUUUUUUUCUUUUUUUCUUUUUUUGGGAGGGGGGGGGGGUGUGUGGGAUGUCCCAACGCCUACAAGUGUAUGGAAAAAACAAAUGGUGAUAUGCCCCCCCAAAAGCUGUAUGACUGAUGUCGGGUCAUUUAUAAAAUACUCUGUUUUUUGCUUUUUCACUAGUUCUUCCUUUAUCAGUUUCAUAGAGGAGAUGAUUUUUUUUCUUAUAUCCAGUCUUUCCUCUCUGUGUCCGAUAAGAGUUUUGUGGGUUCUUCGUUUCUUGAAUUGAAAUGAGGUCGACUGAGAUAGAGGGAAAAACAUCUUUCUGGUGGGUUUCUAUACCCAUUCAAUCUUACACCUAUAGAUUCUUCAUUAGUAGUAAUGGAAGUUAAAAGAUGCUUUGUAAUUUUUCAACUUACUGGCGUUGUACUGAGAAAACUAAUACCAUGACUGCGUGUAAUACCUAUUCUAAGAAAUGUGUGCAGGAAAAAUUGAUAACUGAAACACUGUAGCAUGAUGUCCCUAAGUUUUAUCUACUGGAUUGUAAUUUACUUCAUUUAUUAUCAAAAUUUUAGCUUUAGUAGACAACUUUUUAGGUUUCCUGAAAUACUCACUGAUUCUCGACAAAGAUUAUUUUGAUGUUCCUUCAAGAAAGAAUUAAAGAAUAUGAUUUGAGACUAGGGUAACAAUUCCAUUGAUGGUGCUUAUAGCUGGCUGUUUCGUUCUAAUGCAUAGGUAUACAGUUGGGAAAAUUACGCCUAUUCAGAGGCGUGAAGUUCGUGCAUCAGAUUUUGGCCCUUCUGCGAGUUUUUGGAUGAGUUUUCCCAAGGCAGGGUCUCAACUGACACCUUCGCACCAUGCUGAAGAUUUCAAAUGGAAGGACUACUGUCCAAUGGUUUUCAGGUGAUUACAUGCCCUUGUCUAUAAAAUUAACAGCAUUUACUUACUAUGCUCAGACCUACUAAAUGACUGUUAGUUGGUUUAAGGCCAUUAAAAUGGGGUUUGAGAAUAAAAACCCAUUUUCAGUGGUUAUCUGUACAGAAUGGUGAAAAUAGAUGCUAUUGGGUCUAGUAAAUCUGAAAAAAAAAAUGUUAAACACAUAGUAUGGAAAUUCUUGAAUGAUUGAAGUAGACUCGGUUCUUAUCUUAAAAGAUGAAAUGCCGUUUACAAUGGAAUGGUUAAAGAAAAUAUGGAGGAACGCAAAGAUCUUAUUGCAGGAUUACAUUCGAGACACAGAUUUGAACGAUAAUUAUAGAAGGAUCAUCAUCUACAUGGAAAAAGUAGGCCUGACCUCACAAGUGAAGAGAAAUAGGAUCAUCCCCUUCUUUUCCUCUGUUGUCUCUUUCACCUGCCCUCAUCCUGUUGAAUUUGGUUGUCACGAAGUGGGCUAAACCAGUCAAAUCUGUUAGAAUCGUGGCUUAAUACAGCUAUUACAUUGACAAGGUACGAUCAUUUCUUUUAGAUGAACCUGGACCAAUUAUCUUCCAGGAUUGGACAUUAUUUGUCACUCAUUAUUUUCCCCCGAAUUUUUUUCUACAUGAUGCCUGCAUUUCAUGUUUUAUAACAUUCCAUUAUUUAGACAAAACGAUUUGUAUUUUUUGAUUGCUGGUCUAUGAUACCGCAGCUAUCCUCGAAAAUUUCAACUUCCUAUUUCACACCGCCUAAAUUUUAUCAAUCUUUCUAUGAGAAAAUUCUCUGUUCAAAGUCACAAAGGGAGUAAUGUGACCCGAAUGGGGAAAUAGGUUGGAAAAAAAUCCUAUGUACAAAACAAAAUGUAACAAGUUGAGAAGUUAUCCUACGGUGGCUAUGGAAAUUUAUGAUUAUUUGGUAAACCCCAAACCUAUUUCACUCUUUAAGCCCAUCUUGGGAUUUUCACCAAGUUCAGUGUUUGGUUAUUUUUCUUGUUUUCACUAUACAUGUUUUUUAUUUGUGCAGAAUAUUCUACAUCAAUAGUCUGUCUCUGUGUUGCAUGCAGAAAUUUGCGAGAGAUGUUUAAGCUUGAUGCUGCGGAUUAUAUGGUGUCCAUUUGUGGAAGCGCUGCACUUAGGGAGCUUUCAUCUCCGGGAAAGAGUGGUAGCGUGUUCUUCCUUUCCCAGGAUGACCGUUUCAUGAUCAAGACCCUACGGAAAUCGGAAGUCCAGGUUAUUUCUUCUCUUUUUCGAAAAUUCGUGGGCUUUAUUUUAAAAUAAUCAAAUGAUUCCAGCCACCUAAGGUUUUGGGAAUGUAUUUUUUGAUGUGCUCUAAGGUAACCAAUUAAAAGGGGCUGUUAUUUGCUUUUUAUGGUUCUAUUUAGAGUGAUAUGUUGUUUUAGAUUUUGAUAUCCUACUCCCUGAAGAGAUAAUUACUUAGAGAAAGGGUUUUUAAUAAAAUGAAUUAUUCUACGAGAAAAUAAGUAAGAUAAGAUAUAAAGGCAAAAAAAAGCUUGUUGAGUGAACUUCAUCCUGUUUUAUUGAGAAAGGGACUUCAACCCAAAAGCUCAUCAAUCGAGGUUCAUCUCAUGAAUUAUCUUGUGCCUUUGAUCUGCAUCUAAAUGUGUAUGCGGUUCAUUAUAUAAUUAAUAAUAUUUUACUAUGAGAUCAAUUUUCUGACAAUCAAGGUUGUUCUUUCGCUAGAAGGAUGUAAUUACACUGACCAUGGCCAAUGGGGAAGAUCCGGAUUUAGACCAGCCCUGAUAACCUGAUUCACUAAUAGGCUCAUUCUAUGAAAUAAAUUGAAAAAUCAAGACAAAAAGAAAAAUAAAAGCAUGGAAAAUCCCACUACAACAGUCUCUCAUUCAUAUGAUUAAUUCCCUGCAAAUCAGUGUUAUUCGGCCAUCAUAAACAAAAUAUUAUAUGAGCCAAACUCUUUAUAUAACUUUGGCGUGGCAUUUUGCUUAAUAAGACCAUGACUUUAAAUUCCCAGUCCUUAGCUUGGCUUCCACUUGAGAUUCAUCUACAAAGUAAUUGACCUGUAUUCAUGCCUCAAUCUUAUGUAAAGAAACUGGGAAUAACGGACAUAUAUCUAUAUAUAUAUAUAUGCUCUAACCUGAGGAAGAAGUGUCAGAAAUGGUUGAUAUUUAGUCAUAACUCAUUGGGACCCCUGUCUCCUUUAUACAGGACUGCAUCUUAAUGAAAUAUUCUCUUUCGUUUCCCUGUCAAACACCCAAGAACAGAAGCUGCCGAUUCAAUAAAAAAAAAAUCUAAAAUUCUACAAAAUGAUCUCCUAACGUCUUGUCCAUGAUAUUCUUUCUUAUGAUUUACGAAUGACUCAAAAGCACGAGGAAUGUGAUCGGUUCUACCCUUCUUAUCUACUCAUAUUUGUGGACGCUCUGGACGCUCCGUUGUUGUUAUUAUUAUUGUUAUUAUUUUCAAGCGAGAGAUGAGCUGACUCUGGGCGUAAUUAUGCAGGUUCUCUUGCGAAUGCUCCCAAAUUACUACCAUCAUGUCCGUACGUAUGAUAAUACGUUGAUAACCAAGUUCUUUGGUCUCCAUCGCGUGAAGCCUUCUAGUGGCCAGAAGGUGAUGCACAUGCCAGCCUGCCGCUCUUCAUAUCAAUCCCCCAUGGCCAUCGUCGCCCUCUUGGCUUUGCACGGCACUUACACUCGAAACCUGGUGUCUUGCAGUUCCGGUUCGUGGUCAUGGGGAACAUGUUCUGCACGGCGCUGAGGAUACAUCGGAGAUACGACCUGAAGGGAUCCUCGUUAGGACGCUCAACGGACAAGGUUGAGAUCGAUGAGAAUACGACCCUGAAGGAUCUGGAUCUGAACUACUGUUUCUAUCUGGAACCCUCUUGGCGAGAUGUUCUUCUCAGGUCUGCAACCUCUCCUUUCCUACCCGUCUGUCAAUGGCUUUUGUUCUUAUUUUCUCGGAGAAAAAGAAAUUAAGAAGAAAAAUCUUCGACCCAUUAAAUCAAACAUGGUGGAAACCUUGUGGAAGCCCAUGUGAUUCUCUCGGAUAUGUGAGGUUUCACUGGAUUGCUUUUUUUUUUUUUUUUUUUUUGGCCCAUUUAAUCUCAGGCAGAUUGAGAUCGACAGCCAGUUUCUGGAGAUGCAGCAUAUAAUGGACUACAGCCUCCUGCUGGGUGUGCAUUAUCGAGCCCCACAGCACCUGCGGUCCCAUGGGAAUCAUCUUCAGAGUGCGGCCUCUGACGGCUUAGCCAUUGUUUCUGAAGAAGGUGAGCUUGGCUCCAUGCAUCCCCCAUUCACAUGAGUUUUCAUCACGCUAUCUUUAUAUUAUAAUUUUUUUCUUAAACCAUACAUAUUGGAAUUAUAUACCAUUGAUAUUUUUUUUAUCUACACAUCCCAUUUAUUUUCGUGGAAAAAUUUGUAGUUGCUACAACUAUAUGAUCAAUACCUCAUAUAUAACUUCCAUUUAUUUCUGGAAAUUGCAAGGUGGAGUUGAGUGGUUUCAUAUCAGAAGAUUUUUUUUCUACCAGAAGAUAAUGAUUUUUAUCAUAAGCCUUUGAGGGAUUCAUAAAGUCCUGGAGCUUAGUAUGGAUUCAUCUGUAAUAUAUUCAUGUUUCAUUUGGAAACAUACUCUGGGGUUGGUCAACUCCUUGAACCCAUGUCCAGACUGUAGGAUCUUGCGUUGACAUUUUGUUCUUCAUGGGCUACUUCGCAUCGAUAUAGGUAUCAAUCUCAUCUUUUGACGAUCGCCCAUUUUUGCAGAUCCCCAAGACGACGAAAUCUCCAACUACCCGCAGGGCCUCGUUCUGAUCCCCCGGGGGAACGAGGAGAACAGCGUCGUCGUCGGCCCUCACAUCAGGGGCAGCCGCCUCCGAGCUUCCGCCAUCGGCGACGAAGAAGUAGACCUCCUCCUCCCCGGCACUGCGAGGUACUCAUCCUUUCAUUCCCUAAAGAAAGAAAAGGGCCGCGGCGCGGCCGGCGGCGAUGGCGCAUUGAACCUGCGGGGGUGGUGAUUGAUGGGCAGGCUUCAGAUCCAGCUGGGGGUGAACAUGCCAGCGAGGGCGGAGCAGCUCCCGGCGGAGGACGAGAGCGAGAGCGAGCUGUUCCACGAGGUCUACGACGUCGUCCUCUACCUGGGCAUCAUCGACAUACUACAGGAGUACAACACCGGCAAGAAGAUCGAACACGCCUACAAGUCCCUCAAGUUCGAUUCCCUCUCCAUCUCCGCCGUUGACCCUCUUCUCUACUCCCGCCGCUUCCUCGCCUUCAUCCAGCGCAUCUUCCCCGAGAACCCCUGA